GGCUAUGCCACUCCUUAUCUCUUGUCAAAAUUGAACAUGAUUCCAAUGGUUUAAAUAAUGACAUAAAUUUGUCAGAUUAAAUAGAAUAAAUUUAUUUAAAAAAAAAUGAACAGGAAAAUGAAUAAUGGAGAGUACGCAGGAACAUAUCUAGGAGAACCAAUCAUCGAUGGUCUGUCCCGGAAGGCGUUCCAUCAAGUCAUUGGAAACAAUUCAGAUUAUACCAUUCAGUAUAAUAGAAAUAAGUAUGACGAAGAGCCCAGGAACUCUUUUUGGAUAUCCGUGAGCGACUAUCAGUUGGACAGGGCUUACAUUGUCUACCGUUUCUUUCACGAUAUCGGUGGCAUUGUUGCCAAAAGCUUGACGAAAACUAAUCGCAUGUACCUGAAGUACUUUAGUAUGAAGGAUUCCCAAAUCGCGCUUAGCUACGAUGGCCAAAAAAUUGGAUAUGGCGGUGAUAUUCGCGUCAAAGUCAGGGCUGAGAACCUCGUUCCCGAAAAUGCCAUCAUUGAAUUUCUGGAGCAAGGCUCAGACGGUAAUGGCAAUCCCACUGACUAUGAAACAACAGAGACGGCCAUCUUCUAUGUCAAGGAUGAUAAGGACGAGAAGCUUAUCUGUGAUCAACUAAAGAUGGGAAAUAAUGAUGAAAAGGAGGGCAAAAACAAAAAAGUCAGCUUAUCCCAAUGGUUUAAAAAAAAACUAUCUUAUGUGUUCUACUUUUAUUAAAUUCUAAG